AUGCCUCUGAAUUCUCAACAACGUGUAGCGCCCACAAAUCAAUAUCCGACAGAUGCUACUCCUAAAAUCGGAAGGAUAAUCUUCCACAUCGGCUCAGCUAUCACUAUGAUCAACGGUUUCUGGGGAUUGCAGAUGAUGGCUGUAAGCAAGGACUUCAUUGGAUCUCAAUAUGGAGGUCACUUUCAGUACUUGACUAUACAAGGACUUUUCGGAUCGAUAGCAGCGAUGCUUCUGUCCGGUAUCUGUGACUAUUUACCUGGUGUACAAGGUAUAAAAACUGUCAAGAGGAUAUUCCUACUUUUCGCCUUACCUAUUGAAUUAGUAAUCUCAUCGAUAUAUUGGAGUAUCAUCCUAUUAUCACCUGAAUUAAUGCUACCUCCAAACCCAGCACUGCAGAAUACCCAAGAGCCUUCGGCAUCUGAUAACGCGGAUCCACUAUUCAGGAUCCCGUUGACAAUGGAUCUGAGUAUGCAUCUGGUGCCUGCUGUAGUCCUAUUACUUGAUUUCUUCGUCCUUGAAAAGAAAUUCAAACCUCCUGUUUCCAAUUACGGUUCCUUGUUGUUAGCAGGCGCCUUUGGUACUGCCUACAGUGUAUGGGUAGAACAUUGCGCUUCAAUCAAUGGUUCAUUCCCUUAUCCGUUCUUGACCAUAAUGACUUUCCCUCAGAGACUGAUGAUGUACAGUGGAAGUGUCGUGAUGGCUUGGUUAGUAUUUAGAGGUUUAAACGCUUUGCACAAAUAG